ACCUGCAAGUCGCUAGAACUCUGCGCUUUAUCUUUUCACUCCUUCGCAUGUGGAAAUUUUAGAUCGAAAGCGAAAUAUACAGUACUAAUUUGUAUUAGAUCGAACGAGAGACAUACAAAAACACGGUUAUUAAAUUGUGUAAAAUUGAUUUACGAUAUUAAAUUUAACACUUUUCAUAAACUUAAGGAUUUAUAAUAUUCAAAGAUGCAUAUACGCGUGUGUCUAUCCAUAUUUGUUGCAUUUGUACUGAUCGUUGCCAAUUUUUGUGCAACAACUGAGGCGACAAAAGUGAUCUUCUAUAAUCAACAGCCCUCGGUGAGGAAAAGUCAGUUGCUUUCGACACAGAUAAUGUCGCAACCAUGUCCCAGGGGCAAAAUGCGAGAUCAUCGCAAUCGGUGUAGACGUGCCGUUAUAUUUAGUAGAAAACAUAAAUAGAAGGCGCACGGUAUACACUCAUUGUCGAUUAGCAUGCUUGAAAUCAUUACCAGUAAGUGUUAUCAUAUCGAAUUCAUCGAAUGGAACUUUUGUCGCUCAAGAUCCCACGCCACUGAGUUGUCUUUGGCGAAGACAUAAGCCAGUGGACGACUUUAUUUUAUAAGUUUAUGUAUAUAUUUUAUGUAUAUUAAAAUUAUUAAUAUAAACAAAAAUACUUUUUUACAGUCAAUAAGUGUGUGUGUGUUCGUGUGUGUUAAUAAUUAUUGCUUGUAUUUAUGGUUGUGAAAGUUAGAAAAUAAGGAAAAAAAAUGUAGAAGAAGCAUUGUAACCAUACUUUUUUUAUGUGUCAAGUAAAUCCACUACAAAUUUAUGAAUAUAUAAUUCGAUAUUU